UAUUUCGCACAAGAUUUAAAAUGGUCUUUAUACUUAGACCAUUAUUGGCUAAGGAAAUUAAACGACCACGCAAUUAUCUCCGCAGUCGAUUCGUCGACUCUAUAAGGCUUCAUGUGAAAGGCGGAACUGGUGGCACCGGCCUUCCCAAGUUCGGGGGCCUCGGAGGUCAGGGCGGCUGUGUGUACUGCAUCGGUAAAGAGAAGGCGAAUCUAAUAAAUAUCUCGAAUAAGUACCGGAUGAAAACUAUAAGCGCAGGACACGGAGAAGACAGCAGGAAGACGAAAAUUGUUGGCAAUCCCGGGACCGACAUCCAACUUGAGGUCCCCCUCGGCGUAACGAUUUACCGAGAGGAUGGAAAGGUCAUAGGUUCCAUUAACAAAGAAGAUGAAACCAUAAUACUAGCCCGAGGUGGCCCUGGUGGCAACCCACAAAACAAUUUCUUAGGACACUUCGGUCAGAUAUAUCACAUAAGAUUAGAUCUUAAAUUAAUUGCUGAUAUAGGACUGGUCGGGUUCCCCAAUGCAGGAAAGAGCUCCUUGUUAAAGGCUAUAUCGAGAGCCAAACCUAAGAUAGCUAACUAUCCAUUCACAACAAUCAAGCCAAAUAAAGGAGUGAUUCAAUAUGAAGAUUUGAGACAGAUUUCCAUAGCGGACCUGCCAGGGCUUAUAGAAGGAGCUCAUAACAAUAUAGGACUCGGACACAAGUUCUUAAAGCAUGUAGAAAGGACAAAAUUACUGCUUUUCAUAGCUGACGUACAAGGCUUCCAACUAAGCCCUAAAUAUCCUAAAAGGUCAUGUCUUGAGACUGUCCUGCUGCUGAACAAAGAGUUGGAACUAUACGACCCAGAAUUAUUAGAGAAGCCAGCCAUCUUAGCUGUAAAUAAGAUGGACUUGGAGGGUGCUGAAGACAUAUUUGAAGAAGUCAAGGAUUUCCUUAAGAAUAUGGACAGAGUUAUCGGGUCAGUGCCUACAGAAAUAAGGCCAGAGAAAAUAAUAGAGUUUGAAGAUGUUAUUGGUAUAUCUGCUUUAAAUAACAGUGAUAGUAUACUGGACUUGAAGCAGCUGCUGCGGAAAAGGCUGGAUGAGUAUGCAGAUGAGAAUAAUCCUGAUAUUGUGGAUGCCAGUGACGUGCUUAGGAGAACCAGGGCUAUAAUGACUGAAAGAGGGCCCAAAGUCACUUAGUACUUAUAUUUAU